AAUCUAAAAGGCAUCAAACACAAACACGCAAUUAUCAAAGGUCAUUUCUAUCGAACCGACGUCGUUUUCAUGCAAAAACACUCACGGGUUUUCUUAAUCUGUUCAUAUUCUCAAACGGGUCUUUAUCAGUAACCCGAUUCAGGCGUAAGCGGAUGCAGAAGAACACCAUAAUUUGUUCUAAAGAUGUAAAACCGAUUAGGGUUUGAAUUUGAAAAUGGAGAAGAGAGAUGUGAGCCCAGUGAUAUUGAAACUUGGGCUUGCUUUAGCUUUUUCUCUUGGUGGGAUGCUUUGUACUUUUUUAACAAACAAAAGGAUCAAAGAUUCUAAAUCUGCAGAUUACAAGAAGAAUCCGAGUUUUGAUCCUUUGGCAACUGAUAAACAUAAUUCCUUGUCUGAUAAAGAUUCUUACCUUCUACCUGAAUUUAACGACCUCAUGAAAGAAUUCGAUUCAACCACCAUGAAAACGAACCCCAAGCUCCCAACAUCAGAUGCAAACUCACCGUCAAAAGUCAACUCGGUGGUCAAAACCGACAGCCACAAGCAAGAACUCAAGAAUCUAAGAAACAUGGUCAAAGUACUCAAAGAACGAGAGCGCAAAUUAGAACUUCAACUACUCGAAUAUCACGGUCUUAAACAACAAGAAACUACAGUCAAAGAACUUCAAAACCGUCUUAAAUUAAACAACAUGGAAGCUAAGCUUUUAUCGUUAAAAGUCGAGUCAUUAGAGAACGAUAACAAGAGAUUACAAUCACAAACAGCGGAUUAUAACAAAGUGUUAACCGAUCUUGAAUCUGCACGCGCCAAAAUCAAUGUUCUUAAGAAGAAGCUAAGAUCAGAAGCUGCACAGAACAAAGAGCGGAUUUUGGAUCUUCAACAACGUGUUGAAAAGAUGCAGGAAGAUGAACGCAAGGGUGGUGUCGGGAUUGAUUCGGAGAUUGAGUUAAAGCUUUGUAGAUUGAAGGAUUUGGAAGAGGAAGUCAAUGAAUUGAGAAAGUCAAACUUUGACUUGCAGGUUGAAAAAUCCGAGUUGACUCAGAGAUUGGAGCAUGUUCAUAUUCUGGCUGCAUCGGUGUUAGAAGAUCAAGACACAGAAAAGCUUAAAAAAGAAAGUGAGCAUUUAAAGAAACAAAACGAAGAAUUAACCAAGGAAAUCGAGCAACUACAAGCCGAUAGAUGCAGUGACGUCGAAGAACUCGUGUACAUGAGAUGGGUUAACGCUUGUUUAAGAUACGAACUUAGAAAUUAUCAGCCCGGACCGAGUAAAACAAUGGCCCGAGACCUCAGUAAAACAUUGAGCCCGAGAUCAGAAGAAAAGGCUAAAAGACUAAUCCUCGAAUACGCUAACCAAGAACUCGAUUUCGAUCCAUGGUCAAGUCCUCAAUCAUCUAGUCUCAUGGAUUCCGGUCAACCUGAUCAUUCACUGUCUCGUACGAGCAAUAAGUUUUUCGGGAAGCUCGUGAAGUUCUUAAGAAGGAAAGACGAAGCUGUCGUAGAUGAUCACAACCACCGACGUAAUCACAGCCAAUGUAGCUCGUCAUUAGAUACGAAUUCGUAUAGCGAUUAUCCUUUCGGGUAUUUAACGAAUUCGUCUAAGCACUCGAUGGAUUCUCGAAUGUCGUUUCAUAGGCAUAAAAGGAUUGAUUCCAUAUCCGAAGGCGGUGAUGUUGAUCAUAGUUUUUCGGGCUCGCUUUCUUCAUCGGACGGUCAAAAAUCCGAGCUCUUGAAAUAUGCAGAAGUUUUGAAAGGCUCGAACCCGAAGCCAACGACCAGAUAUCGCAGAAGAUCAACACCGUUUAGUUCGUUUUGAUUAGUUUCUUGGCCUUUAUAGCUUAAGUAGAAAUGUCAUUUGCAGAUUCUCUGUACAAUAUGUAUAUUAGCUGGUCAUAUUGUUAAAUCCAAAUAUUUAUAUUAUUACCUGUAUAUUUAUUCAUGAAAGACUUGUUUAAUCCA